UCCCCAAGUCUCUAUUCGUUGGCCACUUUCUGUUAGUCCGCCGCCGCUGAUUGGCUUAGCCAGACGCUUCCGGAAACCUGGGAAAAGAGCAUACUAGCUAUGGCGCACGGCGGGGGAGAGGUGCAAGACAUGGAAGUUGAUAAAAGGAGAGAAUCUGACGAGUCCGCAGAUGAUGAGGUCAAGGAGAAGCACGUGGUACUCGAUGGCGGUAUCCAGAAUGGUGAAGAGCCUGCAGACGACUCAGAGACACCAGUGAACUUGGAGAUGAUCAGCCUGGACCCUGAAGCUGAGGAAGUUGACUUAAACCACAUGCGGAUAGGAUUGAUUCAAGGUUUUGAGGUGCUCAAAAAAGUAAAGACCCUGUGCCUGCGUCAAAACCUAAUAAAGGUGAUUGAGAACUUGGAGCAGUUGGUGACAUUGAAUGAAUUGGACCUGUAUGACAAUCAAAUCCGUAUUAUCCAGAACCUGGAGAACCUGAGUCAACUCCAAAUCCUGGAUCUGUCAUUCAAUCUCAUUAAACGAAUUGGAGGGCUAGAUUCUCUGACUCGGCUACAGCGCCUGUAUCUGGUGAACAACAAGAUUGGCCGGAUCGAGAACCUCAGCGCUUUAACACAGCUACGUUUAUUGGAGCUAGGCUCAAACCGUAUCCGGGAGAUAGAGAAUCUGGAUACGAUGAGAGAUCUCGACAGUCUGUUUCUUGGGAAGAAUAAAAUCCCCAAACUACAGAACAUGGAAGCACUGACUAAUCUCACUGUACUGAGCGUCCAGAGUAAUCGGCUGACGAAGAUUGAGGGUCUCCAAAGUCUAGUGAACCUGCGCGAGUUGUACUUAAGUGACAAUGGCAUUCAAGUCCUGGAGGGGCUAGAGAACAAUAUUAAAGUCACAACUUUGGACAUUGCCUCAAAUAGGAUAAAGAAAAUUGAAAAUAUCAGACACUUGACAGAACUCCAGGAAUUCUGGAUGAAUGACAAUUUGGUGGAGAACUGGGCUGAUUUGGAGGAGCUUAGCGGCGCCAAGAAUUUGCAGACUGUGUAUUUGGAAAGGAAUCCGCUACAGAAGGAUAACCAAUACAGGCGCAAAAUUAUGCUGGCUCUGCCCUCUGUUCAUCAGAUCGAUGCAACUUUUGUCAGAUUCUGAGUUUAUUUCUGGGAUUAUGUUUGUUUCCUUCCUAAUGUCGCAGCACAGUACAACACAAAUCUUUCUCAUAAGACACCCAUCUGAUCACUCUCAUCACACUUUUAUUUUCCCUGUUUUGCAUGAUUUUUCAUAUCAAACUGAAUGUCCAUUACCUCCGAAAUCUGUACUACAUGCUCUACACCGGACUGUCUUCCUAAAGAGGCUUCAGUAACCAUGGAUAACGCCCCAUCUGUUGGGGUGUCACAGUAUUUAUUUCUGGACAGUAGUCCUCUGGUUAAUAAAGUUUUUAACCUCAUUA